CCUGUCAGUGUCAAAAAGGUGCCACAAGAGCCUUGCGGCCUGCAGGACUAUAUUUUCUAUGGUAUGGCCGUGUCACCCCCUGAAUUUAACUAUUUGUCAAUUAUAAUAUGUUUGGCCAACGUACAUUAUCACAACCGACCACAUCUUGUGAAAUUAUGUUAAAUGUAACAGAAGUCAAUAAACGAGACAAUUGGCUAGAGUUAAAAGUUGACACAGAUGUCAAUGCAAAGAGUACUUCUACAGUGAGUGAACAUAAAAUAAACACAUCAGUAACAAUUGGUCUAAAAGUUCUACUGGCAAAGGUAACAGCCUUUGCCAGUAGAACAUCUGUUGAUGUAUAUAAUCGGGGCACCUUAGGUGUGCAAAUACCAAAUGAAAGCUACAAAAUUCUUCUGUUCUUCAAAUUUGUUAAAACUGACAGUAAUGAUGAAACAAUAUAUUCAAUUAUGUGCAACAGUAUAGGUUUAGGUCUUUUGGAUAAGACAUUUAGUACUGACAAUGAAUCAUGGUUCUUAGUCCAUGAGUCUGCAUCUUCAAAGUUAUCCUUCAAUAUUAUUUUCACAACAAGAAUAAUUAAAAGUGAAAACCCAUUUAAAGCACUGUAUGAAGACACAGACCUGGUUGACUACAAACUGGUGGGCGAGAGUGGGACGGAGGUGAGAGUACAUGGGGCAGUGCUGGCCGCUCAGAGCCCCAGUAUUAUGAAAAUGAUACAGGAAAAAACAAUCAAAGAUAAUACUAUUGAAUACAGUGGAGUAAAAGAUAAAACUUUACAAGACUUCAAAUCCUAUAUUUACUUAUAUACUUUGCCAACAGAGGAUAUAGAGCAAUUGUUGCUUUUGGCAUCCAGAGCUGCGAUGGUGGAGUUGGAGCGCAAGUGUAUCGCCCAGAUAAUGGCCUCUCUGACACCCAGCAAUGUUUACCGCAUCACAGAAUUUGCUCAACAACAUAAGAUACCUGAACUCUAUUUGAAUGUAUUAGAUUAUAUUCAAAAUGGGAAAAUCAAAGUGACUGAUAUUAGAAGUUGCUUAAAACUUGCUGAUGUUUGAUGUAAUUCAGCCGACUGCCACUAGGAUUAAGUUUUAUAAGGAUAUCUUCCAAAGUAACAAUACUCGGGUAUUGUAAGACAAUAUUAAAUUUGUUCAUAAUAAUUUUU